UUCUUGGGCUCUGUCGGUACCGAGGUGUCGCUGCUGCCUCUGUGCCGGGGGAGGGGCCGUCAGCGCACCUCUGGCUUCAGCAGGGGAAAGGAAUUCUGCAUAAUGAAAAUGAUUGAGAAUGUUGACUCUGUAGUGACUAGGUCAAGCCAGGACCUCUGGGCUGAAAUCUGUUCAUGUCUGCCAGACCCAGACCAGAAAGAUGACUUUAGUGAUGCUUUUACAGAUUCCUUCACAGAUUCUUACAUCAAUGGAGAAAGUCAGGAUGAAGAACCAGCUGGUUCUUUCGAAGCAAAUCUGAAACCCUGGGCACCUCUGAAAGAUUCAGAGAUAUAUUUAGCAUCACUAGAGAGAAGACUGAUGAGAAUUAAGGGUUUGUCUCAGGAAGUGACCUCCAAGGAUAUGCUGCAAACUCUGGCCCAAGCAAAGAAGGAAUGCUGGGAUAGGUUCCUGCAGGAAAAGUUUGAAUCUGAAUUUUAUGUGGAGGGACAUGAAUCUGAAGAGAGCACCCUGGAACAUUUAAAGCGGUGGCUGCAGCCUGAUAAAGUGGCAAUCAGUACUGAAGAGGUACAGUACCUGAUUCCCCCAGAGUCCCAUAUAGAGAAGCAAGAAACUGGGGAAGAGUCUCCAGCAGCAGAACAAUGAAAUGCACUCCAACCCAUGCGAAGCGGCUGUCCAAGGACUGAUGGAGCUGCAUUGAGUGGCAGUAAUAAAAGGGCAGGGUGAGGAAUUGCCAAUCUUUGGUCAGCAAAGGGAAGAGCUAUGGACAUCCAGAGGAUAGAAUUGCAUUUUUUUUUUUAAUCGACAGGAGUGACGUGUCCUGCAACUUUGUGCAUGCUGGACUUAAAUCUUGUUUUUAUCUACAUGGUUUUCCAUCUUGUAGCAAAACAAUCAUUCCAGUUUAAAAAAAAAAAAAAAGGUUGUUUGUAAUUCACAAAAAGAAGCUGGUCAAAAAGGGUGAUAUCCUAGAAUAGCGCAGCUAAUAACUCAAAAGACAGACAUUUAUUCCUCCUUUCUUAUACCCUCUCUUUGUGGCUAUAUCUUUCCUGUUGCUAGCUUCACAGGCUUUACUCGUUGAUCUGUUACAACAAUUCUGCUGUAAAGUUAACUGUAAAACUGCACAAUUUGUGCUUGAGUUGGCUCUAAACUGUAUCCUGGAGAGAUGAGAAACAUUUGCCCUGUUUGGAUUUGGUGCACACUAAAUGGCACCGUACUCUCCAAUGCCAAUUACCAAAGCCUGUUUAACACUCUUCUCUUUAUAAUGUACCAGCCUGGAAUAUCACAUUUAUUGGACCUUCAGACAGUCUUGUUUGAAAAGAAGUGUUCCUCUACUUUUUUUCUUCUGUUUGAUUUGUUUCCCUCCCCGAGAGGGGCAGGUUAGAAUCUAAAUCAGUGGAAGUGACAACUGCUCAAUGGAUUGUUUUCAUGUAAAAUAAUUCUUUGAGUCUUACAUUAAGCCUGUUUGUAUAGAUACCUGAUCUGUUUUAUCUGCAGCAAAUUGUCUCCUAUCAUUACUCAGACGGUCGGUAAUCCUGACCUUUGUAUGAGACUGACUCUUAUAAUUAUUAUAUAGUAGCUGCAGUUUCUUAUAUGAUAUCAACAGCAUAAGGCAAUAGAGAGCAAUGGCUUACACCUUCUGCUAAAUCACUAAUCACUGUAGUGAUUAGUUCUAAUACUUUAUACCGAUGUAGAUGUUCUGUAGCAAAUAUGGAUCUGUGAAAUGCACUUACAAACCAGCUUCUUGAAAUACC